GGCCCGCGGCGGCAGCGGCGGCACGGGGUGAAAUUUCUGGAAGGUGCGGCCGGAGCGGGACCGGGAUCGGGAUUGGGAUCAGGAUCAGGGUCGGGCCGGGAGCGGCGGGCGGUGACGGCCCCCAGCGCCGCCGCCAUGAAUCACAAGAGCAAGAAGCGCAUCCGUGAGGCGAAGCGCAGCGCCCGGCCCGAGCUGAAGGACUCGCUGGACUGGACCCGUCACAACUACUGCGAGACCUUCCCCCUCAGCCCCACCGCGUGCAAGGAUAACGUGGAGAGGGCAGAUGCACUCCAGUUAACAGUGGAGGAGUUUGUUGAGCGAUAUGAAAAGCCUUACAAGCCCGUGGUGUUGCUGAACGCUCAGGUGGGCUGGUCUGCCCAGGAGAAGUGGACGCUGGAGCGGCUGAAACGCAAGUACAGGAACCAGAAGUUCAAAUGUGGGGAGGACAACGAUGGUUACUCUGUGAAGAUGAAGAUGAAAUAUUAUAUCGAGUACAUGGAAACCACGCGUGAUGACAGCCCCCUCUACAUCUUUGACAGCAGCUAUGGAGAGCAUCCCAAGCGAAGGAAGCUCCUGGAGGACUACAAAGUCCCCAAAUUCUUCACUGAUGAUCUCUUUCAGUAUGCAGGGGAGAAACGGAGGCCGCCCUACAGAUGGUUUGUGAUGGGCCCACCUCGUUCUGGAACAGGAAUUCACAUCGAUCCCUUGGGAACUAGUGCAUGGAAUGCCUUAGUCCAGGGACAUAAGCGUUGGUGCCUGUUCCCAACCAGCACUCCCAGAGAGCUGAUCAAAGUGACACGGGAAGAGGGAGGGAACCAGCAGGACGAGGCCAUCACCUGGUUCAAUGUCAUCUAUCCUCGCACACAGCUUCCCACCUGGCCCCCCGAGUUCAAACCCCUGGAAGUCUUACAGAAGCCAGGAGAGACAGUCUUUGUGCCAGGUGGCUGGUGGCACGUAGUUCUCAAUCUUGACACAACUAUUGCCAUCACACAAAACUUUGCCAGCUGUACCAACUUCCCAGUGGUGUGGCACAAGACAGUAAGAGGGAGACCUAAACUGUCACGGAAAUGGUACAGGAUCCUAAAGCAGGAACAUCCUGAAUUGGCAGCCUUGGCUGAUUCAGUUGACCUGCAGGAAUCUACUGGUAUUGCUUCUGACAGUUCUAGUGAUUCUUCCAGUUCAUCAAGUUCCAGCUCCUCCGACUCUGAUUCAGAGUGUGACUCUGGCUCCGAGACAGAGGGGAUGAUGCACCGCAGGAAGAAGCGGAGGACGUGCGGGAUGAUGGGCAACGGGGACACGACUUCCCAGGACGACUGCGUGAGCAAAGAGCGCAGCUCCUCCAGGAUUAGGGAAUCUUGUGGAGGCCGCAGCUACCCGUGAGGGAUAGCACCACCUGCCCAGAGGCAGCUGCCCAUCGAAGCUCCGUUAGCAGCCAGCCAGCUCUGUUCUACCCCCUCCUGCUUCCAUUCUCAUGCUCCUUAAGUUUGUGUCACUCUUCCUCGAUCCAGACACCUUCGUUACGUGCUGUCCGAGGUUGGCUCCUGAAUAACCUGUAGGGGAAUGCCCCGACUGUGCCCUUUGUGCAAUGCUUUGUCCCCUCUGCGCCCCGGGUGAGUGCACUAGAACCCAGCUGUGGGUAAGGACAUGCCAAGUAUUUAAUGGGUCACGGAACUGGCAAGGAAGACAACGGUCAGUUUUUAAAGAACUCUUUUUAAAACCAGCAGGUAAAUGUAAAAGCCUGCCUUGCUUUGACACUGUCAUAUGUUUACAUGUUGUCCUGUACACUUGAGGAAAGGAACGCCGGCCCUUUUGGCCUGUCGGAACGUCCGGUGGAUCUCACACCAGAAUUUUGGGAAGAACAAGGAAGAAAUGAGCUUCUGCAAGAACUGAGCUGUGGAAAGAGUCCUUGGAUCUUACCUUGCUGCAGAAGAACAUUGCUGUCAGGGCUGGUGCUUCCAAGAAUGUGUCUCAUACAGUCCUGGAGUACAGGCACUUGGAAAGAAUCCAUCAGGAUCAUCAAGUUCAACUCCUGGCCCUGCACAGAAACCAAGAACCCCACCCUGUGCCCAAGAGCAUUGUCCAAACACUUCAUGAACUCAGACAGGCUCAGUGCUGUGACCAUUGCCCUGGGGAGGCUGUUCCAGUGCCCAGCCACCCUCUGGGUGAAAAACUUGUUCGUGAUAUCCAGCCUAAACCUGCUCUCACUCAGCUCCAGCCAUUUCCUUGUCACUGGUCACAAGAGUGAAGAGAUCAGUACCUGCCCCUCUGCUGUCCUUCGUGAGGAUGCUGAAGACCCAGAUGAGGCCUGACUUCAGUCUCCUCCAGGCUGAACAAACCAAGUGACCUCAGCCACUCCUCAUACAGCUUCUCCUCAAGAGCCUUCACCAUCCUCGUGGCCUCCUUUGGGCACUCUCCAGUGGCUUCAUAUCUGUUAGAUGUUGUGGUUCCCAAAACUGCCCCCAGCACUGAAGGUGAGGCUGCCCCAGUGCAGAGCAGAGCAGGACAAUCCCCUCCCCUGCCUGGCUGGCAGUGCUGGGCCCGAUGCCCCAAGGACACGGUUUGCCCUCUGGGCUCCAGGGCAGUGCUGUCUCAGAUCCAGCUUGCCACCAACCCGGACCCCCAGGUCCCUUUCCACAGCUCUGCUCUCCAGCCUCUCGUUCCCCAGCCUGUCCACACAACCAGGAGUGCCUGGAUCCCAGUGCAGAAUCCAGCCCUUGCCCUUGUUAAAACUCCACACAGUUGGUGAUUGCCCAUCUCUAAUUUGUUGGGGCCUCUCUACCCUUGAGGGAGUUGACAGCUCCUGCCAAUUUAGUGUUGUUGGCGAACUUAAUAUUCCAGUCCUGCAUCCAGGUCAUUAGUGAGGAUGUUGAAGAGCACAGGGGUGAGGAUGGAGUCCUGCAGAAGCCCACUAGUGACCAGUGCCAGCCUGGUGUCACCUCAGGCACUGUCACCCUUUGCGUCCAACAUGUGAGCCAGUUGCUCACCCAUCAUGUAACACAGGUAAUACCUGCGGGCUAGGCAGUUUGUCCAGAAGGUCACUGGGAGAGACAAGAGCCACAGCUUUGCUGAAGUCCAAAAGGUGACAUCUACUGGCUUUCCU